AUGGCGUCUGGUAGCCAUAUGCACAACUUGACAACCCUCAUCAAGCGGCUGGAAGCCGCGACCUCCCGUUUGGAGGACAUGGCCAUGUCGCUUGAUGACCCUCACACCCCUCCAAAGCACAUUGGAGCUGCAGCUACCCCUGAACCAGUUGCAUCCAUACCUCCCAAACAAGCCCCCGCACCCCCGGCGCCUCCUGCAGCCCCUUCGCUCCCUCCACAAAUCGAAGACUUCGACGCAUUGAUCAAUGGUGAUGUUCGCAGCCUCGUGGAGCUGGGCGACAAGAUUGGCGGUCUUGUCGCGGAGCAGUCCAAGGCUGUUCUUCAGGCCUUCGAAGCCGAGCGCACCUACCUAUACGUCUCCACCAAGGCCCGGAAGCCCACGCCUCAGCCGCCAGAGCUCAUGACCGAGCUUCACACUGCGUCCGACACCAUCAACAACAUCCGCGAGUCAAAUAGGGCCUCGCCUCUCUUCAACCAUCUCAGCGCUGUCGCGGAGGGCAUUGUUGCUUUGGGCUGGUUCUUCGAGCCGAAGCCUUCUGAGUUUGUCAGUGAGAUGAUCGGAGGCAUUGAAUACUACGGCAACAAGGUGCUGAAGGAGUACAAAGAGAAGGACCGCACCCACGUCCAGUAUAUCCAGGCCUACUAUCAGAUCUACAAGUCGCUUGCCGCAUACUUGAAGAAACACUAUCCUAAGGGGCUCACCUGGAAUGAGGAGUCUGGUAUUGAUGCGCAGGAAGCUCUCAGACAAAUCAAGGGUGGUGCUGGCUCUGGCCGGGGGGUACCGCCUCCCCCGCCUCCUCCCCCGGUGCCGACCUUGAACGUCCCUGGAGGAGUCCCUCCUCCUCCUCCGCCUCCGCCGCCUGGUGCGCCCCCGGCACCAGCUGCCGCACCAGCCGACAUGUCCGCGGUGUUCGCUCAAUUGAACCAAGGCGACGCCAUCACAUCCAGCCUGCGCAAGGUUGACAAGUCAGAGAUGACGCACAAGAACCCCAAUCUGCGUACAGGUUCGACCGUUUCCGAGCGACCAAUCUCGCAGGGCAGCAUCUCCCGUUCCAAGUCUCCUGCCCCGAGUAAGAAGCCCAAGCCGGAUAGCAUGCGUGGUCGUAAGCCCCCUCGCCAGGAACUCGAAGGCAACAAGUGGCUCCUCGAGAAUUUCGAUAAUCCUGAUGGCAUCAUUGAGAUCGGCGCUCAGCAGAACCAGUCCAUCCUCAUCAGCCGGUGCAACAAGACCGUCGUCAAGGUGUCCAACAAAGCGAAUGCAAUCUCCAUCGACAACUGCACUGGUCUCUCCAUCAUCGUGGACUCCCUGGUCAGCAGCCUCGAUGUCAUCAAGUCCUCGAAAUUCGCCCUGCAGAUCGACGGUGUCGUCCCUACUCUCUUGCUUGACCAGGUCGACGGUGCCACCGUCUACCUCGGCAGCCAGAGCUUGGGCACAGAGGUCUUCUCGAGCAAAUCCACGGCUGUCAAUAUCAUGCUUCCUCCCAAGGAGGGAACCGAUGAGGAUACCAAGGAGUGUCCCAUCCCGGAGCAGAUCAAGACAUACAUCAAAGAUGGUGUUCUAGUGAGCGAGAUCGUCGAACAUGCAGGCUAA